AUGGAGGAGCAUGGCUACUCGGUCAUGCGUGUCCUGGGGCAAGGCGGUGGCUGCAACAGCCGGGUUUACGAGGUCAAAGAUCGGGAGGGUCAACUGCGAGUAGUGAAGCAGCUGCCAUGGGUCGCAGAUACGGACAGAGAGAACGCUCUGCGCGAAGUGCGGCUCCUCUCUUCCAUGCGGCAUCCAUGCAUAGUUCCAUAUCUCGAAAGUUUCCUUGUUCGCUCUACACCCUCUCUGCCUUCCGAAGACAUCCUCUGCCUGGUCAUGAGCCGCUGUGACCGGGAUCUACGGCAGGAAUGCCUCAGGGUUCGACUGGAGUGGGAGCUGAACGGAUGCAGAGACGGCUUCGGCCGUGCACACAUCGCAGAGAUGCUGAUCCUCUCCUGGCUUGCGCAGCUCACCUGGGGUCUUCAACACCUGCACUCUCGGAAGUUUCUUCACCGAGAUUUGAAGCCACAGAACGUUUUAUUGGCCCAAAACGGCAAACGAGUCAUGCUGGCAGACUUCGGAGUUGCGGGACAGGUCGAGCACACCGAGGAUCUGCGCCGGUCCAUUGUAGGUACACCUGCAUUCAUGAGCCCGGAGAUGUUAGAAGGUCGGCCUUACAACAGCAAGACGGACCAGUGGGCGCUUGGGUGCGUUCUCUUCGAGAUGAUGGCACUGGAGCCCCCUUUUGCAGGGCGAUGCGAUUCCUACGCAGCAGUCGUGAGCGCUGUGCUGCAUGCACCGCCUGUGCAGGCUCCUAGUGGAUACAGCCCACCUCUGUCUGGGACUCUGGAAGGCCUUCUGGCACGAAAGCCUCACAACAGGCCGUCAAACAGGGAGCUCCUGCGGUCUGAUCUGUUGCGAGACCCUUUCCAUGAUUUCCUGCAAAGUUUGGACAGCCUUGUGGGAGAUCGGAAGUGGGCGAAGCCACGGACUUCUACCUCUGAACCCCGCGCCUCCACGGGCACCGCGGCCGCUGCUGGCACGGCAGUCGGCCUUGCGCGGCGGGCGAUUCCGGUCCUUCGGCAGCUGCAUUUCGCUCCAGAAGCCGCCACUUCCAGUCACGGCCCCAACCACCCUGUACAGAGCGCCGUCACUGAGCCUUUCUCGGUGGACCAGCUUGAUGCGGCUUCGCCAUCGGACAGCGACUUGGGUUCACCCUGGGCAAAGAGCCAAGAGCUGAGUGCCACGGGAAGCUCCAUGCAGGUUGGCAGCGCAAGCGCACGCACCCCUGGCCUUCCAGGCCUUGUGGAGGACGACUUUGGUAUCUCCAGGAGUCCAUCUGUGUCAGCGCCGCACAGAGCGACGUCCAACCACACAGAAGGCUGCUCCUACGCUUCAGACUUCGAGAGCGACUCUGGCCAAGUAGGUGCCGAAAGCAAUUCUUCUGGAGAGCGUGACCUCGAUCUUUUGGAGGAUUUCCAGGAGCCUGGAGACAGUGCCGACAACGUUUCACACAGCGAGCACGGCUUCGCAAGCACUGCGGAGUGGCGUCAGCUGAUUGCCGAGGCCGAGGCCCUCUUGGUGCCACUACCAGAGGUCCAAGCGACCGAGGAGGCCCACAAGCUCCGAGCGGCGCUCGCUUCAUCCCUUGGCGGGGAGGACAAGGUAGACACUGCUCUGAACUUCCUGCGGGAUCGCCGGCCUUUGGGAGACACCGUCGAGGCAGACGAGCUGCUUCUCCAGGUGGAGCUGCUGGACCUCUUGGGGGAUGAGGGCAUCCUGAACCUCCCCCUCCUCGAGCGCUUGCAGCAGCUCGACCAACAGCCCGGCUUUGAAGAGCUCACCGUGGACCGGGAAGCGCUGCGGACGUUCUGCCUGUGA